AAGAAGGAAUAGGUAUAGAUAUUUCCCUGCUAAAGUGCGCCCGUUCCGUCAAAUUAACUUUUCCCUUGUUUGCUAACGUCACCGGGGGGUGCACAAUACACUUAUCCGGCGCCAGAGUAAGUCCCAAACGUUAACCGCGCGAUUAAAAAAAAAAACAACAGUAAUUCAUUUUUCUCUGCGAAACCCUAAUAUAAUAAUUAUUAAGAAAUUCUGACGGGUUAUCUCUUCAAAAAUUUUCAGGGUUUUGAUUGUCUUUUUUCGGCGAAGAUUUUUCAUAGGGGUUGUGCUGAACGGAAUGGCAUCGGUAUCAAGUCAGCCGCAGUUCCGCUACACUCAACCACCGUCGAAGGUGCUGCAUUUAAGAAACUUGCCAUGGGAGUGUACGGAGGAAGAGCUGAUUGAGCUGGGGAAGCCAUUUGGUAAGGUCGUUAAUACCAAAUGCAAUGUUGGCGCCAAUCGAAAUCAAGCUUUCAUAGAAUUUGCUGAUUUGAAUCAGGCUAUUGCUAUGAUAUCAUAUUAUGCUUCAUCUUCGGAGCCUGCUCAAGUUAGGGGCAAAACGGUCUACCUACAAUAUUCUAACAGGCAAGAGAUUGUAAACAACAAAACCACGGCGGAUAUCGCCGGAAAUGUUCUUUUGGUAACAAUCGAAGGUCAAGAUGCGCGGCUUGUUUCCAUUGAUGUUUUGCAUCUGGUAUUUUCAGCUUUUGGAUUUGUGCAUAAGAUUACUACCUUUGAGAAGACAGCUGGAUUUCAGGCAUUGGUGCAGUUUUCAGAUGCAGAAACAGCCACAUCUGCAAAAAAUGCCUUGGAUGGACGAAUCAUCCCUAGGUAUCUGCUUUCUGAAAACAUAUCUCCUUGUACGCUUAGGAUCACAUAUUCUGCUCAUACAGAUUUGAGUGUGAAAUUUCAGAGCCACAGGAGCAGGGACUAUACCAAUCCCUAUCUUCCUGUUGCUCCUUCUGCUAUAGAUGGAAGUAACCAGUUCAAUUUGGGUGUUGAUGGGAAAAAGCUAGAACCUGAAAGUAAUGUUUUACUUGCAUCUAUUGAGAACAUGCAAUAUGCUGUUACCUUGGAUGUGCUGCACAUGGUCUUCUCUGCUUUUGGCCCUGUUCAAAAGAUUGCCAUGUUUGAUAAGAAUGGUGCCCUGCAGGCUCUAAUUCAGUACCCUGAUGUUCAGACAGCUAUUGUUGCCAAGGAGGCAUUAGAAGGGCACUGCAUAUACGAUGGAGGGUUUUGUAAACUUCAUCUCUCGUAUUCACGUCACACCGAUCUUAGUAUAAAGGUCAAUAACGAUAGGAGCAGGGAUUAUACAAUCCCUAAUCCUGCUAUGGUGAACCCACAGCCUUCAGUUCUGGGGCAACAACCAGUUCAAACAAUGGGUCAUCAAUACAAUGGGACACAAUACGCUCCGGGUAGACAACAACAACAACCUACAAUGCCUCCACAACCUUCAGCUGGAUGGGGGUCAUCGGCUGUUCCACCGAUGCCCCAACAUAUGAUGAAUAAUCAUAAUCCUUACAUACCACCAGCCUCAAUGCCGCAAAUGACUCAGGGAAUGAUGCAAAUGCCAGGCCAGGGUGGCAUACCUCCUUUCAGACCCACUCAUAUGUAAUAGCAUCUAUCUAUCUAUCUAUCUAUCUAUCUAUCAAGUAUGAAAAACCAUAUAAAAAAAUUGGGGGUGGCCUCAGUUGCUACAUGAGUGGUUGCUUCUCGAGUUUUAUAUAGAUAUUGAAUGGGGGGCAUGGUAAUCACUCAUUUUAGACGACAUUUUUAGCUUCUUAAGUUUUGGAAUAUCGAGGAGUGAGUGAGAGAGAGUGAACCGGUUUUUAUUUUUAUUUAUUAGGCUUUUAAAUCACGGUUGAAACAAGCGGACUGAUUGAACCGGUGUUUAGUUCAAUUUCAAUCAUAUUUCGGUUUUUUAAAAA